AUGGGCGACAAUCCAGUCAACGGCGAAAUUCCUCGCUCUUAUUUCAUCCAUCAUCUGGCUUCGUACCCUGUCGUUUCCGACUCGAUCACGGUGCUCAAAUCCAACAAGUAUGGCGCAAAGUCCUUGCAAUACGCCGACGAAGGCUACAACCGUCUUGCCAAACCGUUCCUCCCUUACCUAUCUAAACCUUACGGCUUCGUUGCCCCUUAUAUCGCUCGCAUGGAUACCCUCGGGGACCAGGGAUUGACCAAGAUUGACUCGAGGUUCCCAAUUAUUAAGCAGGACACCGAGGAGCUCAAGGUGAUGAUCCACGAUGGUGCUUAUUACCCGGUGCGUUUCGCUGGGGAAGUGAAGGGUCAUGUCUUCGACACCUAUGGCUCCGAGUACAGUAAAUGCGGUGGUGAUGGAGUGGUUGCGACCGGCAAAGCUAUCAUCACUACCAGCCUAGUGCUGUCGCAGGAGUCCCUGGGCUACAUCAGCUCUCUGCUGCAGAAUCAGACCACGCAGGUCAAGGAUGCAGUCAAUGAUAAGAAGGAUAAUUAG